GUAUCUAUCGUCAUAUAGACUAUUAGAUUUUAUUUGUUAAAGCAGACUUUUUAUUAAUUUUUACUUAAUUUAUAAUGCCAAAAGUCCCACCAGUGAAGAAUCCUCAUGACGGCAUUCCUUAUCACAGUGUGCGGCAGGGCAGCGACCCUGGAUGCUAUCAACUGCACAGACCAUCGCAAUGCCGUCUCAAGUUCCCCAUAACGAAGCGACCAAUACACAAAUGCGAGCUACCGAAACGGGAGCACACCAUGGUACCGCAAAAUGGCGGCUGGCGGAGCCUCCUCGUGCCGAAGGCCAAACCUAACUUCUAUCCAGCUGUUAUGCACAAGAAGGAAUAUGAGAAGCUCAAAGAACGAGCCAAGAUUGUAACCCAAGAGGAACAACUCCAAGCCAUGCAUGCGCAAGAAGCAGCUAUACAAAAGGCGGCGAAGGAAUCCGAGGCGAGAAAGAAGAUGUUAAAGGAGAAACUUCUGCCCCAGCCCGGCGCUGAAACUGCGACUGGCACCGCAGACCCCGAGCUCGAGGGGCCUGAUCAGACGGCGCACACCCUUUCACGAGCUGAAAUGCUGCGCGCUGACAACAUGCAGGGUCCUCGCCUUUGCAACCGCAUCAUCCUAGCGUCCAAGUGCCACGCCAUACGGGACGCUCAGAUAGCUGAAAAGGAACUUAUCAAGAAGGAACUCGACGAAGAGGAGAAAAGAUUGGACGCGAUAAUGGAAGAGAAUCGCGCAUCGGCGGUGCAUCGGGCUGAAAGUGAAGAAGAGCGUAGACACAACCUCCGGCUGCAGAACCUCGCCGCACUCAAAGAACAGAUAAAGGCACAUGAAACUGCUAAGAUAAUGGAAGCAGAACGUAUCGAAGAAGAGAGUAUCCGAGUGAACCAAGCCAACAUAGCGAUGCAGAUUGACGAGGCGCAAAAGUUGAAGGAGAAACAGGGAAGGCAGGCCAAACUCAAGGAGAUACUUGACCAGGGCAACACUGAACUACUAUAUUAUAAACAACUUCAAAACGAAGAAGAAAGAAUUAUGGAUCUUCGUAUCGCAAAUUUCCUGAAGCAAAAACAGGAACGGGAGAUGAAGGCCAGGGCUGAGGCUGAAGCUAUUAAAACAGCUAAGCAAAAGGGGAUUGAUCACAUUGCUAAAGCACAAAAGGCAGAACAAGAGUUGAAGGAGGAACUGGAACGAAUACGCAACUUAAAGAUCCAGGAGGACGUGGAACGAGAGUACCGGCGGCGGGAAAGGGAGGCUGCCAUCAAGAGGAAUAAGGAGAUGAAACAGCUCCAUGAAGCCAGAGUCCAGCAGAUCAAGGAUAUACAUCGUCUGAUAGCGCGGGAAAUCGCCAAAGAUGAGCAAAGCUUCAACAAUGCGGCGCGACAAAACGAAGAGUUUAUCCAAAGAGAGAAGGCUUUACAAGACAAACGUAAAGCUCUUAUUGAACAACAUCGACAAGAGAUUAUGAAGCAGAUCAACGAUAAGGAGCGUGCUAGGGCGGAGUUGAGAGAGAAGAUACACAACGAAGGCGUGGCGCUACGCCUGGAGCAAGAGCAGCAGGACAAGUACGAGAGGAAGGUCAUCAAGCAGAAGGUGGCGGCUAUGCGACAACAAAAAAUCUCCGAGAAAUAUGUCAAAGAAGUAGAGCAGACACUAGGAAAACAUGGGUAUUAGGGGAAAGGUUUUUAUACGUGUGUGUGUUUUUUGUAGUUUGUUUACACUUAUGCAAGUUGGUGAGCACUAGUACCAGGGUAGCAGAUAGUGCGGGAGAAAUAUUAACUACAUAUAUACAGGUGAAAUCGAAGUUAUUAGCAGGAGAAAAAGUAAGUUUUUUUUUUUUCUCAAAUGAAUAUGAAUCAAAAAACGAAAAAAAUUGAUACUGUAACAAUAAUACGGCGAGUAGGUACAUCCAAUACCCAUUCUAGAAUUUACUGGUGUACCUACAUAUCCGCCCCAAGAUGUGAAUAAAACAAAAGGAAAGAAUGAAAUAUUUUAUUCAAGUAAAUUUAUAUUAAAGUGUUUUUGAAUAGUCUUAUUUCACAUUACCACCCAUUGGACCGAAUUACAGCCAAUAAAAAUAGACAAGAAACUCAGCUGUUGCUUUUUUUUUUUUUUCAAAAAACUCGCGCGGUCUUUCGCCCGCGUACCAACUCCAAAAAAAAAAAAAGAAUUUGUAUGAAUACAAACUACCAAGAAAAAAAAAGGCGGGAAACUCGAAUAAGAACAAGCGGGUUUUUUAAUUUUUUUUUAUUAAUUUAUUAAAACUAUCUCUAUCAAUUCUUAUUAUUGAAUAAAAUAUUAUAUUUUCACUAAAUUCAGCGACAGUAAUAUAAUUAGCAUUCAUGGGGAAGCGCAGUUGUAGAAAAAGGAAAAAAAAAGAUGACGAUUCAGGUGAUGUAGACCAUGAACCUUGUAAUGACAAGGAUAUAUAUUCGGAAGAUACUUCUACUGACUCAGAAUCUGAAAUUGAUAAGGCCGAUAAGUAUAAACCUUACUACGUCACAGAUUAUAUUAGAAGAUAUCCCGAGGAAUCCCCUGGGACAGAAUUUGUUGUCUUUGUAGAAUCCUCAGAUAGUCAGAAAACCAUUGGAUCCAGAGACUUGCUCUCACUCUCCUCCUGUUUAAAACGAUUUAAUAAAGGGGUAACUUAUCUUAGAUCUAUAAAUAAAUUCAAAA